AUGCCUCCGGGCCGGCUGGUCUCCUUCCCCAACGCCUUCCAGCGCCGAAUGGGCCCAGUACAGCUUCAGGACAAGACCAAGCCCGGCCACUGCCGUUUUCUCACUGUGUCUCUUGUCGAUCCGACCUACCGGCUUUGCUCUACGCGGAACGUCCCACCACAGCAGACUGGUUGGACAAGGAGCGAAGGCGCUGAGUCUGCGACACAAAUGGAUCUGGGCGAGGCCCUCGAGCUGAGAGAGGAAUUGGUCAAAGAACACACCAGGAAGGAUGAAGGUGUCUUUGAGCUGGCUUCAACUCUCUCGUUUUCUGGAUUUUCGUGA